AUGGUGCAGAAACAGUACUCUAAGUCAGUUAAAAUAAUAAGAAGUGAUCAAGGUAGGGAGUUCUACAUGAAUGAGUUUUAUCAUGAACAAGGAAUUGAGCAUCAGAUGUCUUGUGUAGCCACACCUGAACAGAAUGGGAGAGUUGAAAGGAAGCAUCAGCACAUUUUGAAUGUGGCAAGAGCCUUAAGAUUUCAGUCAGGAAUCCCUUUACAGUUUUGGAGUGACUGCAUUCUACAUGCAGUUCACUUGAUCAAUAGGCUACCAGCACCUGUGUUACAAAACAAAAGCCCCUAUGAAGUUUUACAUCAGAAACCUCCUUACCUUGGACACUUGAAAGUUUUUGGCUGCCUAGCCUAUGCCUCUACAUUAAGCAGUGGGAGGACUAAAUUUCAAACAAGAGCAAGACAGUGCCUGUUCUUAGGAUAUCCCAUGGGAAUCAAGGGUUAUAAGUUAUUUGAUUUAACUACACAUGACAUCUUUAUUUCCAGAGAUGUUGUUCUUUAUGAAGAUAUCCUUCCCUUCAAAACUUCUGUCACACCUGCUGCAGAAGAUGAUUUACCUUCUUUCCCAGACCUUCCAACAGUUCAUUUUCCUCAAGCUGCUGACCCUUUUUCUCCUGAUAGCCAGGCUCAUGGGGGCCAGCAUUCUAUAUCAGUACCACCACUUGUUGAUCCCUCCAUAGGAAAUCAGGGCAACUCUACACCUGAUCCUGACUCUCCUCCUAUUCCUGGUCAACAAGAUGAUGGUUCAAGUGAAACAGAUGACUAUAGGGAUGCUGAGCCUGAUUCUCAGGACUCAGAUAAUGAUGAAUUGCCUCCAGGAGAUGAUCUUGAAGAUGAAGAACUACCUCCCAGGACCAGGAAACCUCCUGUUUGGCAUAAGGAUUACAUUACUUCAGUUAAUCAAAUUAGCCAAUACUGUAUGGCUAAUUAUGUCUCUUAUCAUCAGUUUACUGCACAGCAGAAAAGAUUUGCAUUAAAUUUGACAGUUCUUAUGGAUCCACAAACUUACAAAGAGGCAGCAAAAGAGCAUCACUGGAUCAAAGCAAUGGAGGAAGAGUUAAAUGCAUUGCUGGAAAGCCAGACAUGGGAUCUGGUAACACUGCCACCAGGGAAGAGAGCUAUUGGCUGUAAGUGGGUCUACAAGACAAAAUUGAAGCCAGAUGGAGCAGUUGAAAGAUAUAAAGCAAGAUUGGUAGCCAAGGGCUUUACCCAAAUCUAUGGAAUUGAUUUCCUAGAUACCUUUUCUCCAGUCGCAAAAAUUAACACUGUGAAAACUCUUUUAGCAGUUGCAGCAGCAAAGGACUGGUUUCUACAUCAGAUGGAUGUCUCAAAUGCCUUUUUGCAUGGAGAUUUGGAUGAAGAGGUGUACAUGACACCACCACCUGGCUUGGAAGGAAGUGAAGGGAAGGUCUGCAGGUUGAAGAAGUCACUCUGUGGCUUGAAACAAGCCAGCAGGCAAUGGUUUGCUAAACUAACCUGUUCUUUACUCAAAAAUGGUUUUUCACAGUCAGCUUCUGACUACUCAAUGUUUACAAAAAGGGUUCAAGGCAGGUUGGUUGUGUUGCUUGUUUAUGUGGAUGACAUCAUCCUAGCAGGAGAGAAGCUGGAUGAUUUGGAACUGGUUAAGCUAUAUCUGAAGAGAAGUUAUAGAUCAAGGAUCUUGGAGUUUUGA